CGGGAAAACAUGAUGCGCAGACACAAUGCAUUGUAACUCUUUUUCUUUCCCCCACUAACCUCGAAAGUUUCUGUAGCUCAUGCAAUAAAUGGCUGAGGAAACAUGUGCAGUAACAAGAGAUGAAGCGGAGACCCAGAAAAACUGCGAUGAAGACCCAUUUCACGAUGCUGAAACAGCAUUCCCUGAUUGCUAUGACAGCCUUAGUGAAGGCAACAGAGGCUCAGAGAUGCCAGAAAGACUGUCUGUCCUCUCUAGCAAGGCUGUGGCCCAAGCAAAAGCACUUGCUGGACCAUCAGUGGUCAUCAAUGGCAGCCAUGCCCAGAGCAAGGCUUCUGCCUUGGCCAAGCACCACCUGAUGGCUGUCAGUGCAUCAGCAGGAGGCUCAUCCUGCUCUACAACAGUCUGUAAACCCAAGCCUGGGGGCCUUGCCUCACCAUGCUCUGAAAGCAUCUACUGUAGCUGUGACCAAGAUUCAGAAGCAUCGUGUGUCCCUGGGGUGCCUGAGGAGGCUGGUGAGCCCCCCAGGGCAGUCGUGGCCCUAUUGGUGAACAACCUCAGGUGCUGCCACGUGCCUGCAGAUAGUGUGUGGCCUGUGGAGAGCUGCAUUGAGGGCAGCCCUUGCGGUCUGAGCUCAGCCAUCUGGAUGAAGACCACAACAGUAAUGGAGACCCUAGAAAGCAAGAAAAAGGAGGAAAAGGAGAAGUACCGACUCCAGCUAGCAAUGUACCGAAGACUCGUGCUGUUGCGUUCUAUCAGGAGCUUGCACAAGCAGCUCGAGCAGCAGCAGGCCAGGUUACAGGAAUGCUAUGGCGUGGUCAUAAAUACCAAGAAAGAAGUGUUAAAACACAUUCGUUCAACCUUGCCCUCUCCUUCUCCAUAA